ACGUUGGUCGAUUUGGCAACAGGCGGGAGAGGAUCACAUUGAUGAGAUGUUUUUAGCAUUGGAGCUCUGAGUCCGUUAUUGUCGCUGUCAGUGGUUAUAGACAGUCGGACUAAUGCUCAAAAUGAGAAAAGCAACGGAAAAUCAAGAAAAUACUCGAACACUUAUUACAGAAUACUAUUCCCCGAGGAAUAAAGUGAAUGACCUUGUGUUCGAGCAGCGCCCCCGGCCACAUUUCACACCUUUUCUUCAGGAGACUCCAAUGAAGCCUUCUGAGCUCCCCUCUUACCCAUUUCCCAGGAGAAUGUUGCCAUUUCAAAGCCCUGCACCGUACCACAGGGACAGAGGGGGUCCACCAUGGCCCCCUCUUCAUUCUCCAGGACCAAUCCAUUCAUCAGGGUUUGUUCCAAGCAGCCCAACGAACAUGAGUUCCAUAGUGAACAGGUUCCAUCUCAUGCCGAGGGGCAGACUGGGUCCUCAGCAGCACCAGCACCAUCAACCUCCAGGGUUUUACUGCUCAUCGGGGUUUGCUGCAGUCAGCCCAACUAAUACUUGUACUACAGCUAAUAGGUGUCCAAGUGGCUUUCAGCCUGUAUUUCCUCAAUUUAUAAAGGAUUUAAGCAACCGCUCUCCACCUUCCCACAUCAGGAGAGAUCAAGGGACUGAAUCCAGGGACACUUUGACAAACUCAGGAAGUCAAAAUGUAACAGCAGAAAGACAAGAAUCAAACAAGGCUCAAACCAGCGAUAUGAUGGGUUCCAUACAUACUAUUGAGCUCCACAGGCCUCAUAUGACCCCAUCAUUCAACAACCGAGAAAUUCAAGAAGUUAGCCCGCUGCCCCCCUCAGACUCGGAGCAUUGUGGGAACAGCCAGUGGCCCCACAGCCCUGUAACCCCUUGCCAGGACCAACAACGUAAACAAACAUCUUCAAGUGGAAACCCAAUUCUAGUAAUGGACUUGAAUUGCUCAUCUCAGAAGAGGCACUGGGAUUCUGAGGACUGUAACGACAGUGCUAAGAAACCGUGUCUUCCGGGUAUAAACUCUAGCAAAGCACAGACACCAAAACCCACUGUUGGCGACUCUGUCAGCACUUCCCUUCUGUCUCAGCCGUCAGCCGUCUUGGAACUGUCACCCAAAACCACAGAUAACCAUCUGUGCACAGAACCAGCAUUUAAACCCACCCAGUCAUCCUGCGCAUCACUGUCACCCAAAACUUGUGUAAAUAGAAGACCAUCAAUGGGGGCAAAGCAAGCCUAUAUAAAUUCCACCCAGAAUCAAACAUUGGAGAUUAUACAGUUAAGAUCACCUUCAAAGGCAGAUGAAGAAAGUUUAAAGAAAAGAAGCGAGGAUAACGAUAAAUGGGAUAAAUCAAGCUUUUUGUUGUCCUCUGAGGUUCCCCAGAAGGACACUGGUAGCUCACCUCAUGUUCAAGUAGGCAGCCACAACUCUAGUCACACUCACCGUAGUUCCUCAGUCCUACCAAUAAAGACCCUGAGCAAAAGUGAUCACGCGGAGAAGAGCGGAAAGUCGGACGGUAACAUUUCCAAAACAAAUUCAGGUUCUCUGAGUUGCCGCACGGUAGAACGGAACAAACCUGCCCGCCCACGAAGACCAGUUGCAAUCCCUUAUGAUAUAGAUAAGCUCUUCACCCCUGAUCCCAUGACCUAUGUUGUCGGCUCUGGACAUAAGACUGCAAAGCCCAAGGUGGAGAGGGUCAAAUCCACCACCUCAGAGAAAACUUGUUCAUCCAGCUCUGUGACCAGCUCCAGUACUCCACUUACUCGAUCCUCGUGUUGCAAAACUAGUUUUCCUCAUUCAGUGGAUACAAAAGUCUCUGCCUUGUCAUCAGCACAUCAACCAGAAAUCUUCUUGCCGACUAUAACUUUAGAGCGGGUAAAACUUGAAAAGUUAAAAUAUAAUUCCUCUAAAACCAGUGAACUCAAAAACAGCCCCAUGACUUCUUCUGGCAGGCAGUUUAAGGAUGAGAGUGUUAAAUCUGAUGUGAAAUGCACAUCGCUCCUCCCCAACAAUGUCAGACCCUGCGCUUUAGAGCCUGGCACCACAACUUCUAUAUAUCGUUGUUUUCACACGCCACUACUGGAGAGGCAGGCAAGUGAAGGGUGUAGAAAACCAAUGAAUGAAGAGGAUCCCAUAGAUGUGGAGCUAGACCUAGGCCUGAGCUUUGCAUUAGAUUUGGAUCUAACCCAGAGCUCCCAUAGCAGUGAGGAGGAGCAGCUGCUUUCCCUUCAGGAGAUGAUGGAGCGGGUUACAAAGCCUCCUGAUACACCAGAGAAAGGAGCCUUCUCAGAACCUAGUACACCUACACAUCACGGCUGCCAGUCAAAAACUCAGCCAACGCCAUCCAACACAAAGUCAGGCAGCUACAAGAACAAUCUUGACCAAAUGCUGAAGGAAAUAAACACCAAUAAAAGAGCUAAAGAGAUCGAAACACAACUUCUUACUGCAUGUAAAGAGGACUUAUUGAGAAUAGCUGAAUAUGAGGAGGCUGAGGAGAACCGUGAGGCGGGAGUCUCCACUGAACAACAGGAAUUCUUGCAACGCUACUCUUUGAUGUCCAAUGCAAUCAGGGAAGUGCCUCCAGGUGAAACUGUGUUCAACCUGGAGAGAUUUGGCCGGAUCUUCGACCAAGAUGUGCUGCAGCUCAGACGAUGCAUGGUCAAUCCACAGGGGACAGCCCAGAAAACGAUUCUUUGGUCCAGCCCUGCUCAACUGAGCUUGCAUGUAAAUAUUGGAUUGUUCCAGGAAGCUUACGACUGUCGCUCACCCUGUCCAACUCAGGUUACCCGUUUUCUAUUCAAGAUGAUGUCAGUCCAUCGUGAAAGGAUGUUAUCUGAAAAGAUACUACAGACCCUCUGUGACAUUGCCUGCACGGCUGCUUAUGAGAUCGUCAAAAACGGAAGCCAGCUGUUUAAAGUGUGGGUGCCCAGUUUGGCCGAUGUGGCGCUGGUCCUGAUGAAUAUGGGAGUUGCGUUUGUUACUCUCUUUCCUUUUGAGAAUCUACAGCCUCCAUUCACAGAGGGAGAUUUGCUGGAGGACAUUUAUAUCAAAAGUGAGAGUCCAUCAAGUAUCAAGGAACAGAGCCCCUUCCCUGAACACAACUGCAACAACAUCUUGAAGUACCUGUCUUACUGUAUGGGCCUCUGUCCACGGGCAUACAGCGACGACGAGCUGCUGUUGCUGCUGACUGUGGUGGGAAGGGUGGGCCUGGACCCAUGGCUCAUCCUCCAGUCCAAUGUGGAACUGUACCCUCUACAGUACAAGAUUGUGAACAACAUCAGGGACUGGGAUAGCAUGCUUGCCAGAAUCUGUCUGGCCCUUACUGAUCUGACAGAUGACCACCACAACAUGUGCCUGCUAGUUCAACUGCUGCCUGACAGCACGCGUGGAAAGCAACUGCGUCGACAUCUGAGCCUGUCUAUGAUCUCUAAACUGUUGGACGGAAAUUGCACUUACAGACCUACAGAAAAAGAGUUUCAGCUCUCGGAACUGAGGACGUACCUGCCCCGUAUGCAACCCUCCACCCUUCUCCGAGGCAUGCUGAGCUCCUCCAGCAGGAGUCGGAGAGAUGAGGACAUGGCCAUCCUGGACCAACAGACCUACUACCUCUGCUACAGCCUUCUGACCUUGGCAAAUGAAGCUUCCAAUUUCCAGUUCUUCCCAGCUCAUCAAAAGAAGCAGCUGCUGUUUCUGUGCUCCGAGUUGGAAACGCAUGUCAAGUGUGACAUCAGAGAGAGUGAGAAAUGUCUUUACCGGAGCAAGGUAAAGGACCUGGUGGCCAGGAUCUACACCAAGUGGCAGAUGCUCCUUCAGAGGACCAGACCUCUCCAUGGCAAGUUAUAUGAUUAUUGGCAGCCUUUGCCUGUGGAUACAUUGACGAGCAGCCAAGAUGAGCUGGAGAUGGACAUCAGUGAUGAUGGAGAAAGACCUGUGAUGGAGGAGGAGGAUGAUGAAGAGAAAACCAAUGAAACCAAAGGGGUUAUAACGGUUUCUGAGAAGGAAGAUGGAGAAGAUACAGUGGAUUACACAAACAAGACUGGGGACGACAUGAUGCCAGAAGAAAUGGAGGGAGACUGUGCAAUGGAUGACACAAAAGAAACAGAGGAAGCAACCAUGACAGUUAAUGGGGAGUUUAACGGAGAGAUGUCAGAGAUGGAGCCUCCAGUACACGAGCAAAUAGAGGCUGGAAACAUAGAGCGCGCUGAGGUGGAGACUGAAUCUGGUUGAGACCGGUUCCACAGCCGUUAUUGUUUCGUUACCUACAGUAAUUAUUAUAAAACUGCAGUAGGCCUUUUUCACAGCAGGCUGUUUACAGUAUUGAUUCAAUUCUAAGGUGUCGCCAAUAAAAUGAACAAUAUCUCUGUUCUAUUUAAAUGUCCCAAUAACUCACAAUAAUGUGACUUAAACUGAAGAAGCUCAAUUGAAUUCAGCCAUAACUAAUUUCACUUUUUACACCUGUGCUUUUAUUGCUGUGACAUGUCAAAAUCUGUUCUGUGAAAAAGUUGUUAAAUUGCUUUUGUAAAUAAUUCCCGUUGACACAUUGUCUUGUUUGUUGAUUUAUUGUUAUAAUUUUAUUAAAUUCCCCUUUUGGGAAAAUAUUUUUUUAAUGAUAAAAAGUAUUUUUUUAUGGCUGUAGCCAAACAUAAAAUAAACUUUGUUUACAUGUUAA